ACAGUCGUUCCUGAUCGUUCUCUUGUCGAGGAGCUGUAUUCGCCGGCCAUAUUGGUUUACUGCAGUGUUUGUUUUGGUGCAGCCUAAGACCCGUUCUGUGAAAUCCGGCAAGAUCGGCUCGAGGAACUCAAAAAAUCGCAUAGAGAUAUCAUAAAACUCGUCAGACAGUGCGUGGAAAUAGUGAUUUCAUUAUAUUUUCGUAAUAAAAGCAACAUAAUUUUGGGCUCAUCCUCGAGCCAGGGUGUCAGUCGUGUACGAGACGUUGAACGAGAGAAAUGGCCUGCGCCACCCUAAAGAGAUCGUUGGAGUUCGACCCGGUGCACAGCCAUGGGCGUCCCAGCAAGCGACGAAGAUGCGUUCCUAUGUGCGUUUCACCGGGAACGCCCACCCAGAGUACGGCCAGAUCACAAAAUCCAUCGCCUUUUGGCGAGGUAGCUCACAAAUUGACGCCUGAAAAAAUGGCAGCUAAUAUUAGAGAGGAGAUCCGCAGGCUGCAUCGACGCAAACAAUUGCACUUCAAUCCUCAGACUAGCAGUGGAGAUUCAUCAGAUAUGGAAGGUCCUGCUAGUCCAUCCAGUCCAUCUGCUUGCAGUUCAAAUGCCUACAGUUACAAUCCAAGUGGAAAGGAAAAACCUCUUUUUACAUUCAGACAGGUUGGUUUGAUCUGUGAACGAAUGCUGAAGGAACAAGAGACACAGAUCCGAGAGGAAUACGAUCAGAUUCUCACCAUGAAACUCUCUGAGCAAUAUGAUGCAUUUGUCAAGUUCACCUAUGACCAGAUCCAAAAGAGAUUUGAAUCUGCAGCUGCACCAAGCUAUCUAUCCUAAAGAAGAAUUCUUACCUCUAAGGAUAUGUUUCUUUGAAGAAUAUUAGAUUUCUACAAUGUAAGUGAGAGAAAUUUUGCUUGAAGUUGACGCCGGGGUACGCUGCGCCGCCUCGCGCAAGAAAUCUACAUAAUUAAAUUGAAACGAUGAUUUACUUUGAGGGAGAACGAAGCAAGAGAAAAAAAAGCCCGCAAUAAACCAAGGUUUAGCGGUGUAAGUUCAGUAGCUUGGCACACGAAAAGCAACCAUACUACAAAAAAUCCACAACGUAUACUAUUAAAAACUAACAAUAUUUGUACUGUCCGAUGUUAGAAGUGCGCUGGUAUCAGGGAACUGUAAUACAAAGUUAUUCGUUGUUUACUGUAAAAAUUACUUGCUAUCGUUUUAACAUUGCUCAAGGCAGCAUCGGAGGUCCGCGAAGGUCGUUACCAUCCGAAAUCGUAGAGUAACCAGUCUAGUAUGAAAAGGAAGAAUACAUGAUACCGAAAGGGGGGAGGGGGGCUCAGUAGGAGGUUAGGUUAAUUUUUGCACAAAAGUUUAGCGGCAUUUAUUCGGGAACUGAAUUUUACACAAAUCUUUUUGUAACGUUCAAGCGCGUGUAUACUCCUUUCUACCCUAAACACUGUGAAAGGCGUUAUAUGCCGUCCUCGACAUACAAGAUUAAAUCACCAACGGCAACGCCAACGCCAAUAAGAAAUAAGAAAAAAAUGCUAUAAAAAAAAAAACGAAAAUACAAUCAUACUCGGGACAUGUCGGGCUAUCCGUUGAUCCGAGAAUAUUAGUAUCGUUCCCAUAUAAACUGUAAUGACCGUGUCGAAUAUGGAGUUUUGCUCAAACAUGAACGCGCGACAAAUAGUCACUGUUUACAGUUUACGGAAAUACGCGAAUCGUUAUCUCGGAUAUUUUCCCCAUCAGAUUCAACGAAGAGCGCCUCGCGUGUCCGUCGCACUCCUGUUCAUUUUUAAGUUAUAUUAUUAUAUGAAUGUGAUGUAUUUGAAUUUUCCUAAUCGUAAAUAAUCGUAUGAUACCUUGUAAAACGGCACUAUCAAGAAAAUUGAUAAAAGUACUUUCCAUAAUUUAUUUUUCAUACGUCCGUCAAUGGGUAACGAUAAUUGCGGACGCGUCGUUAUUAUUAUCGUCACGAUUGAGAGGCGCGCUUUUCGAAAUGUAUUUUCUUUAGUUUUUAUUUACUACUUUCUUUUUUUUUUCCUUAAAAUAAAUUCCACUGUUCUCGUACCGCUAUUUUCACUGUCUCACUACUAAUGCGAUUUUUGUUCCUUUUUCUUCGUACGAACUUGUACUCACGCGAUCGCGUUAUACAUUUCUCUCUGUCUCUCUUUAUCUUGUUUGUUAAGUCAUUCAUAUGUUCAUUCAAUCAUUCGCCUGACUUUCGUGUCUCUUUGUCGCCAAUGCGAACGGCAAUGCAAACGCGGACCUCGAAAGUAAAAACAAGAAUAAGAGAACAAAAAUUGACACACGAGUAGGAAGAGAUAUCGACGUCUUGUAAGGAGGUUAAAAAUUUAUCCUGUAGAAUUUAGCAUUGUACGGACGCAUUGUGAACAAUAAACAUUUGAAAUAAAAAGAUUAUUAAAUUCUU